UUCGGCGGGUCGCGGUUGGCGCGGCGGUGGCGCAGGUGAGGAGACGGCGGCCGAGCGUCCAGUCGCAGACACGGGUCUCAGCCGCGCCGCCUGGUGCCCCCGCUCCCCUGGCGCGACCCGGACGCCAACCCCGUGUGGGUCGGGCGCGACCGCAGCGGCGGGAGGAUGGCGCAAAAGAAAUAUCUCCAAGCAAAAUUGACCCAGUUUUUAAGGGAAGACAGAAUUCAGCUCUGGAAACCUCCAUAUACAGACGAAAAUAAAAAAGUUGGUUUGGCAUUGAAGGACCUUGCUAAGAAGUACUCUGACAAGCUAGAAUGUUGUGAAAAUGAAGUAGAAAAGAUAAUAGAAGAAAUACGUUGCAAAGCAGUGGAGCGUGGCACCGGCAAUGAGCACUAUAGAGCAACAGGAAUCGCUGCAAUCAAAGUCUUCCUGCCUCCGCGGGUGAAAAAAGAUAGGAAAAACUUGUUGGAGACCCGACUGCAUGUCACUGGCAGAGAACUGAGGUCUAAAAUAGCUGAAACCUUUGGAUUUCAAGAAAAUUAUAUCAAAAUUGUCAUAAAUAAGAAACAACUUCAACUAGGGAAAACACUUGAGGAACAGGGAGUGACCCACAAUGUAAAAGCUAUGGUGCUCGAACUAAAACAGUCUGAAGAGGAUGUGAGAAAGAACUCCCAGGUUGAAGAAGAAGAGCAGAAUGAAGCCAAACUAAAAGAAAAAAGAAUUCAGAGGACUAAGAGAGGCCUGGAGAUACUGGCAGAGAGAGCUGAGAUGGUGGUGGAUCCAGAAACCACACCAUACUUAGACAUAGCUAACCAGACGGGCAGGUCAAUCAGAAUCCCUCCAUCAGAAAGAAAAGCCCUUAUGUUAGCUAUGGGAUAUCAUGAGAAAGGCAGAGCUUUCCUGAAAAGAAAAGAAUAUGGAAUAGCCUUGCCGUGUCUGUUGGACGCUGACAGAUAUUUCUGCGAGUGCUGCCGGGAACUGCUGGGCACCGUGGACAACUAUGCGGUACUCCAGCUGGACAUAGUGUGGUGCUUCUUCCGCCUGGGGCAGCUGGAGUGCCUGGACGACGCCGAGAAGAAGCUAAACGUGGCCCAGAAGUGCUUCAGGAAUUGUUACGGAGAGAAUCAUCAGAGACUGGUCCACAUAAAGGGAAAUUGUGGAAAAGAGAAAGUCUUGUUUUUAAGACUUUACUUGCUUCAAGGUAUCCGAAAUUAUCACAGUGGAAAUGGUGAAGAGGCUUAUGAAUAUCUCAACAAGGCAUGUCAGCUCUUUAAAGAGCUAUAUAUUGAUCCAUCGAAAGUUCACAGUUUGAUGCAGCUGGGAUUUAGUGCCCAGGAAGCUCGGCUUGGCCUAAGGGCAUGUGACGGGGACGUGGACCACGCAGCUGCCCACAUCACCAACCGCAGAGAGAAAUUGGACCAAAUAAGGAAGGAGGAAAGAGAGAAGAAAAGACGCCGCCUGGAGAACAUAAACUAUUUGAAAGGGAUGGGCUACUCCGCUCGCGCAGCCAAGCAGGCACUCCACCAGGCCAGCGGGAACCUGGAGGCGGCCCUGCAGAUUCUUCUCAGUCAUCCUCAGAUGUGGUGGUUAAACAAUUCUGGUCCGGAAGCCAACAGCCAUCAAGAAAGUCCUUCUCGGGAAACCAUUGACCAACUGGUGUACAUGGGCUUCGACGCGGCAGCGGCCGAGGCGGCCCUGCGGGUGUUCAGGGGAAACGUCCAGCUGGCGGCCCAGACCCUCGCUCACAACGGUGGAAGCCUUCCUGCUGACCUGCAGCUCUCGGCGGAAGACUCUUCAGCGACGCCACCCACAUCCCCGUCCGAUUCUGCAGGGACCUCUGGCGCCUCAACAGAUGAAGAUAUGGAGACAGAGGCUGUGAAUGAAAUCCUGGAAGAUAUUCCAGAACACGAAGAAGAUUACCUUGACUCGACUCUGGAAGACGAAGAAAUUAUUAUUGCAGAGUACUUAUCCUAUGUAGAAAGUAUAAAGUCAGUAACAAAGAGAAACUAAAUGAUGAACAGAAGUUACUAAGUUUCUGCUUAUAAAUUCUAUCAUCAUGAA